CGCGGGGCUCAGGUUACAUUCGCGAGCGGAGCCGAGCGCGGGAGACCGGACCCGAGAGCUGAGCUGCAGGUUCGGCGCGGGUCGGCUGGCUGCCGACUGCCCCAGAGCCCCCACCCGGCACCACACAGACCCCACCCCCGCCCUGCACCAGCCUUGGUCCCCGCCGAGGACCCCCGACACCAGCAUGGACUGCUGCACCGAGAACGCCUGCUCCAAGCCGGACGACGACAUUCUAGACAUCCCGCUGGACGACCCCGGCGCCAACGCGGCCGCCGCCAAAAUCCAGGCGAGUUUUCGGGGCCACAUGGCUCGGAAGAAGAUAAAGAGCGGAGAGCGCGGCCGGAAGGGCCCGGGCCCUGGGGGGCCUGGCGGAGCUGGGGUGGCCCGGGGAGGCGCGGGCGGCGGCCCCAGCGGAGACUAGGCCAGAAGAACUGAGCAUUUUCAAAGUUCCCGAGGAGAGAUGGAUGCCGCGUUCCCUUCGCAGCGACGAGACUUCCCUGCCGUGUUUGUGACCCCCUCCUGCCCAGCAACCUGCCAGCUACGGGAGCCCCCUGCGUCCCAGAGACUCCCUCACCCAGGCAGGCUCCGUCGCGGAGUCGCUGAGUCCGUGCCCUUUUAGUUAGUUCUGCAGUCUAGUAUGGUCCCCAUUUGCCCUUCCACUCCACCCCACCCUAAACCAUGCGUUCCCAAAUCUUCCUUCUUUUGCUUCUCGCCCACCUUUUCCCGCACCCAGCAUGCAGCUCUGCCUCCGCAGCCUCAGUGCGCUUUCCUGCGCGCACUGCGGAGGGCGCCCUAAGCGUCACCCAAGUACACUCACUUAAAGAAAAAACAAGUUCUUUCGUUCUGUGCGCAGCUAAAAGGGGCGCCCUACAUCUCCGUGCCACUCCCGCCCCAGCCUAGCCUCAGGACUUUGGAUCUGGGGUGAGAUGAAGGGAAAGUGUUUUUAUGGUUUCGGACGCCCCUUGCUCUGACCGGAAGAGAAGUCCCUAUCCCACACCUGCCUGUCACGUUCCCUCCCCUUUCCCCAGCGCACUGUUGAGGGCAGCCUCUCCAGCUCUCUUGUUUAUGCAAACGCCGAGCGCCUGGGAGGCUCGGUAGGAGGAGUCUUCCACGGCCCCGCCCCGCCCCCGUCGGCCCCGCCCUUCCUUCCCUCCCCCCCCCCCCAAGCCGGGCUCCUGGGGCUGUGGCCGAAAGGUUUUUAAUCUCCGUGUGUGCAUGUGACUGUGCUGGGUUGGAAUGUGAACAAUAAAGAGGAAUGUCCAAGUGUUCA